GUCCUGGAGGAAUUUACCCUAUAAACGAAGAAAACCGGAGAGAAGAAAAUGUACAAAGAAUGAGAGCUAGCACCUCCACCUGUCACGCCGGCGUGGUUGGAUUGAGCCGCCCAUCAUCAACGCCGGCGGCUUACUUACAUUACAAUUACCCUCUGCGCCUUUGCCACCAGCUCAACUUCCCAUAUGACCACGGAAAGAAGUGGAGAUCAGCGCACACAAGUUUAUCUAUUGCGGAAAUCCGCAGAGGCCGUACCGAGGCAAAUUCAAAUGCAGAGGCAACGUCGUCUUGGGAUGAGAAGCCCUACGAAGUAUUGCCGAGUGGGAAAAUAUCUUAUUUGGACGAACAAGAUGUGGUCGCAUUUCUAGACCCUCCCCAAGAGCUCAUUCCGUUGGACCCAUCUUCUUACAAUCCCGCCGCAUAUCUAUGGAAAAAAAUUGAAGAUAUACCAGAGGAAAGGCGGCAUCGGCUUCUAACCUUGUUGAAACCCAGACUUAUAUCGAGGGCUUGGGAGAUAGCUGGUACACGAUAUGAUGACGCCAAGUUGGCGAAUAAAAGUGCAUCUGGCUUGCUCUCUAAUCAAAAUGGCACAAGUUCUCUUGAAAUGUGGGAUUGCCGAACCAGUGGAGGACCUUUUCCUAUUUCUUGGAUCAAAUUCUUCCAGAAGGCCUUAUUCCGCUACAAAGAUGGGAACACAUAUGGACGUCUUAUUGGUAGGUCUCUCCUGGCUGGAAUUUUCAGCUUCUUUCCGCCUUUGUAUUUUACCGUUAGAGAAGCCAAUGAGGUGUUGUCAACAGAGCAGCCUUGUGAUUUAUCAUAUGAAUUUGGAGAUGGCCUCCUGAACCUUAAAGAAUAUCCACAAGGAUUCCCCAAGCCAGCAAUUCAUCCUUGGCCGUUCAACGAUCAAGUUGUUAUAUAUGUUCGUCAUGUGGGACCUGGGGUUCUGAUCGGGCAGGCAUGGCAAGAAGGAGAAUCACUGCAACAGGUACCUAAAAAGCUAUGUGGUGAGAUCUUAAUGGUGAAAGCAUGAAUUAUACGAGUAAAAGGAAUUGAGAAAGCUGUUCCCUACAGUUUUUGUUGUUCUUUAAUCUUUAUGAUGAAACGGUUUUUUUCUUUCUUUUGUCAUGUGAAGUUUCCUCUUACAGUUCGCUCUAUCUGGCAAUGUCACGUGGGAUUUAACUCGUGUUUCCUUCUAAAUAUCGUAAAAUGAAAUAUUCUCCUGGGGAAAUAUGGAAAGAAGAAUUAGAUAA